AUGAAUGUGAGCAGAGACAAGGUCGGUGACAUCUCCAUCCCGGUAGCGGCAGCCGCGGCGGUGACAGCCCCCGGAGCGGCGGUGACAGCCCCGGGAGCGGCGGGCGGCGGCGGCGGGGAGCCCUGCGGCGGGCAGGGGGAAGGCAUGGACAGCCAUGGGGAGCAGCGGCUCUCGGCCGGCGGCGAGCUGCCGCUCUACUCCUGCCCUGGAGGCAGGGACAGGCAAGGGGACAGCCAGAGCAACACCCCCGGACAAGAGGGGGCAGUGGCCGCGCUGCCCAUGGUGCACAGAACCACCUCCUUCUCCGUGCUCGACAUCCUGGACCCUAACAAAUUCAACAGCAAGAGGAGGCAGUGCGCGGUCUUGUACAAAUCGGUGGGGACCGAGUUCACGCUGGGGGCGGAGGAUAAGCCCGAGGACUCAGGGACGGAGCUGGCCGGGCAAAAGGCUCUCGCCGAAGAUUUCGACACGUGCAAGAAGUCCGCAGACCUGAUCAAGGAGGGCGAGCUUUACAAGGCCGAGGAGUGCGACCUCGACUACAGCAGCCGGCCGAGCCGCAGCCCCGACAGCGAGCUGCCGGACGACGAGGAGCUGUGCGGCGAGGAGAGCAGCACCAGCACCACCAGCAGCACCAGUACGGCGGCGCCCGGCGAGGCCGACCCGGGCCACCUCCACGCCGAGGCGGCCGAGGUGCCGCCGCCGCCCCCGCCGCCCCCGCCCCAGCAGCAGCCGCCGGCGGCUCCGGGCUCGGGGCAGCAGGGCCAGCAAGCCAAGCCUAAGAGGAAGCGGACGGGCUCGGACUCCAAGUCGGGCAAGCCCCGGCGGGCGCGGACAGCUUUCACCUACGAGCAGCUGGUGGCGCUGGAGAACAAGUUCAAGUCCACGCGGUACCUGUCGGUGUGCGAGCGCCUCAACCUGGCGCUCUCCCUCAGCCUCACCGAGACCCAGGUGAAGAUCUGGUUCCAGAACCGCCGCACCAAGUGGAAGAAGCAGAACCCGGGGGCCGACACCAGCGCGCCCACGGGCGGCGGCGGCGGCGGCGGCGGCGGGGCGGGCGGCGGGCUGGGCGGGGGGGCGCUGCCGGGGGGGCUCAGCCCCCUCAGCCACUCGCCGCCCAUGGGCAACCCCCUGUCCAUGCACGGCCCCGGCAGCUACCCCGGGCACCCCGCCGGCGGGCUGGUGUGCGCCGCCCAGCUCCCCUUCCUGCCCAGCCCCGCCGUCCUCUCCCCCUUCGUCCUGGGCUCGCAGACUUACGGCGCUCCGGCUUUCUACACCCCGCACCUAUAA